GAUUGAUCUUCAUCGUGUUUUGUGAAUAAACAGGUGAACAGUAUAAACUAUAAAUAUUAAAUAGUUUUGUACGUUUUUUAUAUGUAAAAUGAAGGCUAAAAUUAAUAUUUCGGAGUUAUUUAGUGAUGUUCAGGCCAGUCAAGGUUAUGUGAACGUUUGUGCUCCAAUGGUUAGGUACAGUAAAGUGCAAUUUCGAACACUCGUAAAAAAGUUCGUAUAAUGUUAUUGUUAUUAAAAUCUACUUGCAUUUUUUAUCAACUACUUUUUUUUCUUCGAUAUGGCCUUUAAUUAUUAACUAGUUACAAUGUUGACUUGACAUUUACACCAAUGAUUUUAGCAGAUUCUUUUUGUCAAAAUGCUAAUGCCCGUUCAAAUGAAUUUUCAACAACUGAAAGUGACAGUCCCUUGAUAGUACAAUUUGCUUCUAAUAAUGUAAAUGAUUUUGUAGAUGCUUCUAAACUGGUGUAUCCAUAUGCUGAUGGUGUUGAUUUAAACUGUGGCUGUCCUCAAAGGUGGGCAAUGAAAGAUGGUUAUGGAUGCGCAUUAUUGUACAAACCAGAAGUGGUCUAUGAAUUGGUAAAAGGUAUAAAAAACAACCUUCCUACUAACUUUAGUAUAUCUGUGAAGUUAAGAAUUUUAGAUGAUCUAAAAAGGACUGUAGAAUUAUGUCAGCAGUUGGAAAAAAGUGGCAUAAAUUUUUUAACAGUCCAUGGACGCACUCCUUCACAAAAGAACAGUGACAGCAUUGAUACUAACGCAUUGAAAACCGUAUGUGAAUCUGUUAAAAUACCUGUGAUCGCAAACGGUGGCAUAAAAACAUUAGAAGAUGCUGAUAAUUUACAUAAUAUAACUAACUGUAGAGGUGUGAUGGCUGCAAAUGGUAUUUUGGUCAACCCAGCUCUUUUCAGUGGUGCAAAAACGACUCCUAUGAGUUGCGUUAAGUUGUGGAUGGAUAUGAAGAAUAGGCACCAGAAUAAAAUAACAUUUCAGUGUUAUCAUCACCAUUUGGUUUUCAUGCUUGAUAAAGUGCUGACAAGGCAACAGAAGCAAGUUUUUAAUCAUCUUUGCACAUUUAAGAGUGUUGAUGAAUUUAUAACUACUAACUUAAUGAUACCAAGUGAUUUUAAUAUACAUUAUAAUAUUGACAACUUCGUGACUUGUGACUAUGCUGAUGAAAUAACAAUGAAACAUUCUAGUAAAUGUCGAAGUUGUGGCAGAAGCAUAUGCUAUUGUAUUUGUACUAAAUAUGAUUAUGAUUUAAAUAAUGGAAGUUUCUUCACUUCAUAUGUACAGAACUUUGAUCAUUUAGAUUAUAUGGACUGUAAUAUUUUUGAGGAAACAAUUUGAAUUAGGUUUAUUUGUUAUCUUUUUCUUUGAAAUCAUUAAAUUUUUGUGUUGUUAACUGUUUUUGGAGAUUAUUUUAGGGCAUUACUUGGAACUUGAAUAUUUACAUUACUAAAUUGAAAGACUAAUUGUGGUUAUUUUCAAAUAAAACAAAUAUUGCUUUAGAAUUUUUGAAUAUGCUUGUGUCUUUGUGUAAAGUUGUCUGAUUUACUCAUUGCUGUUAUGUUGAUUGGAUUGUUUAUUGGUAUGUAUGUUGCUGCAAUGAUGUAUUGAAGAACAGGGUAAACAACAUUACGUAUAAAUAUAUAAUAACGUAUGAUAGUCACCAUAAGCAUAAUCAUUAUAGCCCAUCAGAAGUCCGUUACUUAACAACACCCUUCCCAAUAAAUUGUGACGGUGCAUGGUGCCACCUGUAUCCGUCGAAGUCCUGCAUGUUUCAUCUUGUCACUUCAUUAAAGCCCAGUUUACAUUUUGAGAAGUGACAAGUGCUAGUGAGAUUGUGUGACAAGUAAACACUGUCAAGUGAACUAGUAAGCAGGUGUUCACACAUGUAGCAAGUGCAUAUGCAGUAAGGUCAUUAUUAUGUGGAAUUCCGAACUGCAUGGUAUUUCUUGUACCUAAAAUGGAUGAGCAAUUGCGCCUACAAGUUCGUGAAGUAAUCAGAGAAGUCAUAAACAUUGUAUUGAAGCAUGUCGAAGAAGAAGUAGUUCAGGAGCGGGCUAGAUCGCAACGAGUGUGGCAAGGGAACUGGAUUGCUAGAAGAACAACCCGUGGGGCAAGUUAUGAACUUCUACAAAAGUUAGCUGUCAAGGAUACUCAGGAAUAUUAUUUUGAACUCAGAUUAACUGAAGGCUCUUUUAAUGGCCUCUCUACAUGGCCACCCGAGAAAAAUGAGUGCAGAACCAUUUCUAUAUUUUCCACGGCCUCGCGCCUGUUCCGCGAGACAUUCCCCGAUUUCUGUCGGUUUUUUUUCCGCGACAAAGGGACGGCGAAGCGUAAAAUUGGCGCGGACGCGGUUAGGAUCAACAUUCGCAUUAGCGGUGGGUAGUAGCGAUUUUUUUGAGUAACGAAACGAAACUAUCGAAUAUCAGUAGCGGCUUAUGAAACAAUCUAUUUAAAUAGCGGCUUCAAUAGAGUGUUUCACGACCUGUUUAAAAACGUGGCCAAUGAAACGAUGGCUGUUUCACGAGAAAGCUCGAUUAGUUUGUUUAAUGUUUCCGUUUCAUUAAGAUUACUGUUAUCGAAAUUUUAGUGUUAAGAAGAUUUAUAUUGCAAUGAAAUUGCCUUCAUGCUUUAUACAGGCUUAGGACUGGCUGGUUACGAGUUAAUUAAGUAAGAAUAUCAAUAACAAUACAUGUAUACAGGCUGUCCCAGUAAUGGUGGAUAAUCUGGUACGUACGUGUUCGGGCGGGGGUGAGGUGGCCACGGUUCCCCAAACAAAAAUUAUAUCGCGAAUGGUUCGCGGUCUACGCCAUGUUUUAUAAAAUUCCGUAAAUUCGUACUUCUGAUCACAGUGGUCAUCACGUCCGUAGUUUAAUGCCUAGAUCGCAUUUUUUUCUUUUAAUGUGUUCCCUAAUAAUGAUGUUUCUAAAUUACCCUUAAAAGUUUUCAACUACUAUGGGUAGUAUUUUACAAGACGGCACUAAACAUAAUUUUAAAUUUUUACUUUAUUUAACUGCUAAGUUUGAGUACCUGUGGUGAAAAAAAAAAACGUAUAGGAUCUGUGUGGCCAACCAUUUAAAAAGUUUGCCUAUAUCAUAAGGAUUCUAAAACAUUAAGUACAUGGCAAAGAUGUUUUAUAGGUCCAGAUACCGUGUACGCGCGCCUAAAACGCUUCCAUUUCAAAGGCGCCAAUAUUGGCGUAUUCGUUCGGUCGUUCCGGCAUUACGCCAGUGACGUUCGCUGUGAAAAUACGACACGCACCGGUGUUUUUAAUUUCGCAAAAUGACUGUUUGUGCUGUGAAAUCAUUUAAAAAUUACUCUUAGAAAAAAGAUAAGGAUAAGAACAUCACUUUUCAUAAGUAACUAUACAAUUUUAUGGUGUAUUUCUUUGUAAAAGAAUACGAAAGCUAAAUGUCAAUACAAGUAAUAAUACUGCGCAAUAAUAUUUGAGUGUUGCCUAGUCUAUGAAAUAUUUUUACCAUUUUUUAAUGUCAUGAUCAACCACAAAGGUUAUCUGUAUGGGGGUUUUAAACAGUCUAAUUUUACAGAUUUUACCCAACUUAUAGAGUUAAACCGUUUUAAGGGUUAGGUUUGAACUACAUCUGGCAGCAUGAAAUUGCACUUUCCUGUGCUUCUAUCCUUUUUGGUCACUCAGAACCGUUAUAGUAGUAACCGGUAUAGUUCCAUCCUCAAAAAGCCGAUUGUAAACCGGUUUUAAAAGUUUAUCUAUCAUUCUUGACAAUCCAUACUAAUAUAAUAUUAUAAAUGUGAAAGUGUGAUUUUUUAUUUUAUUUGUUUUUGUCCUUCCUUCACGCAGCAACGGAUCGGAGCAAUUUAAAAAAAAUUAAACAUUUUGCUAUCUCUCGGCUGAAGUUUACGCUUAACCAAACUUACUUUUUUUCGUCAUUUUACUUAGGAUUGAAAAAUAAUUUAAUGUCUUCUACAGUAAUGUGUUCUACAGUACAAAAGUGUAGUACUCUGUAUAUAUUUAGUAAUAAUAGAUUAUAAAUAUAUGUUACAUACAU